AUGCUGACGUUGGCGUUCGCCCUUUUCGCACGCGCGCAAUCCGCUGGCGAAGUGAAGCUGGAGUACACACAAUUCGACUUGCAGCUGCGAGAGAUUGAGACGCCUGAGACUGUGAACUCGACGGGCACUACUUUUGGGAGCGAUGUGGGACUAAACAACGUCAUCCAAGACUUCCGCACGAACGAGACCUUGGGUCGGCUCCAGGGCUUUUGCUUCGUGACAGCUGGCCUCACUGUGACGGGCCAAAUACAGUUCGAGUGCCUCGGCACAAUCAUCUUCAGCGCGGACAACUCGUCCUUCUCCAUCACGGGCCCCUUCAACCCGAUGAUCCCAACCGACCAAGCCGUCAUUGGCGGCACGGGCCGCUUCUCCGGCGCAACCGGUGUCGCUCGCCUUAGCACUCUCGUGAACAGCCCUACCGAUGUGCCACCUUCGAUCUUCGCCUUCAACGUCCGCCUUUUUGCGCUGGCCCGCCCCAUCCAGUUGCCGGCACUUCGUUAA